CUGUCACUACUCGCUUAUUCACUAGCACGUAUGUAACAGGAAGUGCAAAAUAACAAGUGUAGUGUUAUAGAAAAACUAAAAAAAAAACAAAAACUAAAUUAAAGGGUUAAGCUCAGUAGUGCAAUUGACGGUAAAACAUGGAACGGCUUAAUUACUAAUAUAAAUAUUUGCCAUUUCGUUUAAUGUAGUAAAUAAAUGAUGCUAAUUGUGACGCAUAUAUGUGAGAUCUACGAAAUAUGUUUUUAUUUAAAAAUCGUAUUACAAAUCUAGGGGAGUAAUGUUUCGAAGUCGUAGUUGGUUUGGGGGCGGUUGGGGUCGCCCUAAAAAUCCCCAUUCGCUGGAAAGAUUGAAAUAUUUACACAAUAUUCUAUGUAGAAACACUACUGUAUCAGAAAGUAACAGAGGAAUAUUAGUUGAAUCAUUGCGAUGUAUCGCAGAAAUACUUAUAUGGGGUGACCAGAAUGAUAGCUCUGUAUUUGACUUUUUCCUAGAGAAGAACAUGCUAUCUUAUUUCUUAAGGAUUAUGAGACAGAAGUGUGGCGGAUCUUCGUAUGUUUGUGUACAAUUGUUGCAGACACUUAAUAUACUGUUUGAGAAUAUAAGAAAUGAAACAUCAUUAUAUUAUCUUCUCAGCAAUAAUCAUGUGAAUUCAAUAAUAGUACAUAAAUUUGAUAUAUCAGACGAAGAAGUGAUGGCCUACUAUAUAUCUUUCCUUAAAACUCUCAGCUUUAAACUAAACAAUCACACCAUCCACUUCUUUUAUAAUGAGCAUACAAAGGACUUUCCUCUUUACACGGAGGCCAUCAAAUUUUUUAAUCAUCCGGAAUCAAUGGUUAGAAUAGCCGUCCGUACAUUGACCUUGAAUGUGUAUAAAGUCCAAGAUGCUAGUAUGUUGCGGUUCAUAAGAGACAGGACCGCUGCGCCGUAUUUCAGUAACUUGGUCUGGUUCAUCGGGAAACAUAUAUUGGAAUUGGACGCCUGUGUCAGGAACGAUGCUGACCACCAAUCACAACAGAAGCUAGGCGAUUUAGUAGCCGAACACUUGGAUCACCUCCACUACAUAAACGACAUCCUAUGCCUGAACAUUCCCGACCUGAACGAUGUCCUCACAGAGCAUUUACUUCACAAACUAUUGAUACCUCUCUACAUAUACUCACUCACAUCCGACACAGUGAAACGUCCGCAAUACAAUCGCGAACACUUGCAAAGCAUAGAAGUGAUAACUCGUAAUUUAGAAGCCAUAUUGACUGGGAAAAGCACGGACACUCCUCCAAGAAUAAAUUAUCCAAUCCAAAGAAUAGAAACAGAGGAGGAAAUUAAGCCGUCAGUUUCGUGUGUGGUCGCCCUAUUUCUGCUAUCUCAAGUUUUCCUGAUCAUAACCCACGGACCAAUAGUCCACGCCUUAGCUUGGAUCAUACUCCAAUCUAACUCAUCUGUAUUCGAAGAGGGUGCUACAAAAAUAUUGGACAUGUACGACAGGAACGCCAAAUCGAACGUGAAACUCGAAUUCUCCAAACCUCAAUUGAGUUUGGAGAAAGCGUUGGAGAACACGUCUUGUCCAGAAAGAGACUACACCACCCCGGAAUACGCUGAGGCUAAAGGUUUCGGCGAGGAUUUGGACAACACGGAUCAUUCAAGUUGCGAUCUGGACCCGGAACUCGUUUCCAAUUCGCUGCCGUCCACCUCGCAAAUCAGCGAAACUUCGAGCAUAGCCCACGAUUCGACGGAGGAUCUGGUGACGCAAAUCCAGACCAUUAAGAGGCAUCCCGCCAUCCCGAAAGCGAACAUGCCAGAUUCACCGCUACCAGAUGCCGUGGAACCAUCCAAAACCGUGACGGAAAUGAAUAUAACUGACGAGGAAAAGCAGAAGCUGCUGAAUGUGAUGCCGGGGACUUCUGGUGACGUCACGGAAGAUGUCCAAAGAACCACCGGGAAUAUAGAGAAUAGACCAUUCCUAAAGACCGUCGUAGACUCAUUGGAUUGCACCGAAAAUGACUACAAAGCUUUGUUCGCACUGUGCCUGCUAUACGCAUUGAUAAAUAAUAAAGGGGUCAAUCCUGAGUUGCUCGAUAUUUUAUUACGGCCAGAAGCCGAUCCCAGUAAAGCGAGCACUUCUAGUGGAUCGCCAGAUGGAGGGGAAAGAAAGGAAAAGAAAGAUAGCUUCAACGGACUCCUCAUAGCGGAAUUGAUGGCGAUUGCUAAUCUGUGUUGUAAGCCGGCUUCCAAGGUCCGUUUAGUGACGUGCGAGCUAACCGUCCGUCUUCUUCGCACGGCGAUGCAGUUCAGCGAGGGGUCGGUGACGUCACGCCAGACGGCCAACGUGCUGCGAGCCCGCGCCGCAGCCCUCGCCAGGAACUUCUAUAAGUGUGAUGACAUCUUCUUAGAUAUGUUCGAGGACGAGUACUGUGAGAUGUCUAAGAAGCCAUUGAACGUGGAGUGUCUUUGUAUGGAUGCGGCUAUUUUGUUACCACCCACGCGCACACCCAUGUCAGGGAUAGCUUUCGAAAAAAGACUGCCCAGCGGAGAGAUGGAGCGAGCUCGUCGCGCCAUCCGCACCUUCUUCUUGAUCCGAGAGCUGUACCUCAAGCUGACCGGACGGCCUGAGAGUCAACUGCCGCUAGCCAAUCCCGCACCCUUUGUGCAAGUUGGGGACGUUUUGGACCUCAACGACUCAGACCUGAUAUCCUGCGAUAUAAUCCAAAGAGACGGUACUUGGCAACAUCGCUUUUUAGCGGUGGACAACAUGCAGGUGAUCCUUGUAGAACCUGACAAACAACGUCUGGGCUGGGGAGUCGCUAAACUGGUGGGAAGUCUACAGGAUCUCGAGAUACAGGGUGACAAAGAGGACCCGAGAUGUCUUCAUCUCAUAAUACACAAGCCCCGAGUGGGUGCCAACGGAGCCCUACCUCGGACGAUAUUACUGCGGGCGAAGUUCAAAUUUGACGACCACAUCCGGAGUAUGGCGGCCAAACAGAGACUCACAAAGGGUCGGACUAAAGCCCGCCAGAAGAAAAUGCAGCAGAUAGGCCGUCUGCUAGAAGUGUCGGGUGUAGCAGCCCUAGCAGCGCCUUCAUCUCACAGACAUCGACCGCUAUUCGCCAGACCAGCCCUCGCCGCAGUCAGGAGACAUUCAGGCAUAGAUGGUGAUGAUGCCGAGAGACGAAUACGGAGAACUAGCGGUCACGUCCUCAAAGACGGCAUCGUGGUGUAUAGAGAACGAACAACCACCAGCCGAGAGAGCAGUGUAUCCCGGGGGAGCAAUGGUUCCAGGGACUCAUCACCUCGGGCCAGAUCAGAGGAGAUACCUUUAGAAGACAUCAGACGCGCCGCCGGGUCAGCCGCACCCGUCGUCGUGAGAAAUCCGACACCAACAACCUCUCAUCCGAAGGUAACCAGCGCUUCCUCAGAGGAAACCUCCUUCAUAUCCAACGAUCCAAGGAAAAGGAAGGGUAUUGUUGAGACUAUAUGAUACUGACCUACAAAUAGUUUAAUUUAUAUACCUAUCUCUCUCUUACAAAAAACACACUAAUAAGUAAGAAAGAGAUAAAAAUAUUAAUAAUAUUACCAAAAUUUUGUAUGACUGAGAAGUUCAAAUGUGUUAACCCUUUCACUCUUAAAAGGUUAGAUAAGGAUGGUGAGAUUAAAAUAAAUUAUUGUAACUUAACGCUGUGAAUACCCUCAUUAUAUUUGUACAGCCAUUGUAAUGUUAAAUUGGAACAACACAUUUUUUCUACGAGACAUAGAUUUCAAAUAGUACAUAGUAAGUAUAAUAGUUGUUAAAAACUAGUUAAAAAUCUUUAACAAAAAAUGUUAUUUUAACUUUAAUCUUAAUAUGUUAGAAUUGCCAUUAUUAAAUAAAAUUUAAUUUUUUUUAUGUUGGCAUACUGUCCAUAGAUAAAAAAUUAUGUAACAGUACUAUUAGAAAGAUUUUUUUGCAUAGCAUAGUAAGUGUGGAUGUUUAGAAAAUGUCUAUGUGUUGCUGUGAGCUUCGUGGGGUGUUGUAACGAAAUGUAUUGGUGUUUGUAUUCACUAAUUGUAUUAUAACAUUGGUAUGGCCGUGAUUUUUAUAUAAUUUUAAUUGGUUUUAAUUAAUUCGAACAGUAGUUUAGUUCCAGAGCAUUAUACAAAUAAAUUCAUAUCAUGCAACACCAGGAUCAUAUUGGGACUUCCCCUAUUAAUAGUUAGAUCUUGUGACGUCCUCGUAGUAUUAUUUUAAAUAUAUAUUAAGUAUAUUCAACUUACUGGCACCAUACAUGUGAUUUAUUGGUCUCCCAUUAGUUAGGCAUUGUUAUGAACUAAUAAAUUUUUAAUAACGUAGAAGAAAAAAAAUAUGUAAAUAUUUGCCCGUUGUAUGAUUUUUUUUUUAAUAAUUUUAUCCUAUAAUUGUGAGAAUUCAAUUCUCCUUAAUGUUUUUUGUAUGUUUAUGAAGGAGCAAUAACAUUAACAACAUUUCCUGACCCAUUCACUAAUUCAAUAGUUUUUUAACAUACCUAAUUAUCUGCAGUAUUUUUCAGAAUAACUCAUUAUGUCAUUUAAAGUCGGUCCAUGAGUUUGUGUUGUGAUUUUUUUUUAAGGUUUGCAAUACAUUUGUAAAUAUAUUAUUUUUGGUUCAUUUACUUACACUUAAUAUGGAGUUGAAAUAAAUAUAUACCAUGUUAUAUUA